GAUUCUUUCUCUCCCUUCAUCUCUAGAGCCCAAGAGUUUCACGCCCUACUCUGCUCUUCUCUCUUUGCCAUUUGAAUCAAGCCAGUUAUAUAUAUAUAUAUAUUCAUAUAUACCCGAGCGUGUUGAUACAUUGGAGUAGCACCCAGGCACACGACACUACAACACGCCACAUCUACAUCCACAUCCACAUCACCAACAAUGUCUACUCUUACAGAGUUUGCCUACUUCCCACGGCUUCCUGCCGAGCUGAGGAUAGAGAUAUGGAAGCUUGUGCCUGAACCGGAUCGCCUCAUUGGCUGGGUCCCCUGCUCCAAUUGCGAAGAUAUCUGCAAGCAAAGACCAAACUGCCGAGAAGAAGAAGAGGCCAAGCCGCUCGCCAGACAACAGUGUAUGGAGGCAAAUCAUCCGGACUGGCUGGUCAAGUAUGUGGCACACCCACGCAAAAAUGCCAUCUUCGCUCCUCUACACGCCUGUCGCGAGUCUCGCGAAGUGUGGAUGUCCAAGUACUUUCAACCCCCCCGGAACGUCACGGUCAAUGUAUCUGGGACCGAUAUCCCGGUCAAAUUCAAUGUACCUUUCCUCAACUACGAGCAUGAUGUUUUUACUAUGUUCGGAGCCUGGAGCUCAACCAGUAUCUUCGAUGUCGGCGCGCCGAUGGAAGCCCCGGUCGAGCCAUUUAUCGGCCUCGAUCGGUCACGCAUCCAACACGGCGGAUACUGUGAAAUUAUGGACCAGUUCUUCCCCGCGUCUACUCUAUUCGAGGUCAACGAGCUGCCAGCCUUGAAGAGGCUGUCGCUGAUUACUAUGGGUCCACAACCCCAGGCCGAUAAGCAGCAGGAGUCCGGGGUGCUGAUGCAAAUGACACCUUGCACAGCUGAGCGCUAUGACUGUCAGAUCGUGGACCUGGUGAACCCCCAGGCCGGCGAGAACUCUGCCUUUCUGAACGAUUCCCGGCCGCGAGCCCACCGACACACGAAGCAGAAGAAGUUUGACUUGUUCUACGACGAGUGGAAGGCUUGGCUAUGGCACGUUGUGGAAGCUGACGCACAUUUCCUCAUCAAAUCAAACGCCGCUUCCUGGUGGAAGGUUGUCAAGUUCUCCAUGGCAGAGAACGGGGGUCACCACCCUCGCACCGCUGAGGACUGUCCUCUCUACCCAGAUCGAUGCAGCGGGCCUGCUGGACACAGCCGAUGUGUUAUUGACAACUGGAAGUCAAAGUAUGAGUUUUCCUGCAAGUAUCUGGUAGAAGACAAGUGGGCCAGCGUCCUGCAGAACGAUGUUGGCGUGAAGCUUGGGGGAUGGCAGCAUCCCAUCAACCGAGAGGAGAAAAACAAGGAGGAUAAGCGUAUCCGCAACUACAUCGACGAGAACUACCAAGGUAUCUGGCAGUGGAUUGAUGAUGAUGAAGAGUAAGAUUUUCUGCUUUUUUCUAGAGAGGAUGAAAUGGGGCGUUGGGAUCUGGAUCUCUGUGACGGCAUUUUUUUUUUUUU